AUGAGUCUAUCGCGAUGUGCUAUAAGCCAUUGCCGCAGAUACCUCGUUUCUCCUCGCUCCUUCGAUGGUGUAUAUAAUAAUUUAGUCCUGGGUACUCGGUUGUUGUCGCCAAGGAGCUCAAGGGCUUAUUCUUCCCAACACGACGAUCCGAGGCUGAAGGACCUUGGAAAACAGAUAUAUGAUGAUUAUGCUACCUUAAGAGAACAUUACGCUACUCCUAAAUAUCCAGUGGUCCUCGCACAUGGCUUAUUAGGCUUCGCCGAACUUCGACUUGCUGGAGGAUGGCUCCCUGGCAUUCAUUAUUGGCGCGGCAUCACAGAUGCAUUAAGAGCUAAUGGGGUUGAGGUUAUAACGGCAACUGUGCCUCCAUCCGGAAGUAUCGAGCAAAGAGCUGAGAAGUUAGCUCAUAGUAUUGCCGAUGUUGCGCGGGAUAAGAGCGUGAACAUCAUUGCUCACUCUAUGGGUGGACUCGACGCCAGGUACAUGAUUUCUCAUCUCCAACCUAAAAAUGUGGACGUGAAAUCUCUAGUCACCGUCGCUACUCCUCACCGAGGGAGCGCUUUUGCGGAUUAUGUAUUCAAAGAGAUCGGCGUCGACAGACUUCCAAGUAUAUAUCAACUUGUUCGAGGCGUAGGUAUGGAUACGGGCGCAUUCGAGCAACUUACACCGGCAUAUAUGACAGAAAGUUUCAACCCACGGACCCCUGAUGACCCAAGCGUUCGAUACUUCUCAUAUGGUGCCAUGAUGGAUCGGCCCCCUCUCUUUUCGCCUUUCCGUCAUUCCCACAAUAUUAUUAGCAAUACAGAGGGACCUAAUGAUGGUCUUGUCAGUGUAACAAGUUCGAAAUGGGGUUCAUACAAGGGGACGCUAGUUGGUGUCAGUCACCUAGAUUUAAUCAACUGGACAAACCAUCUAAAAUGGACCUUGUCAAAAUGGAUGGGUCACGGACCAAACUUCAAUGCGAUAGCAUUUUAUCUUGAUAUAGUUGAUAUGCUCUCAAAAGAGGACUUAUAG